AUGUUGUUUACUACUGAGAUCAAAGAGAGAGAUUAUAAGGGUCAAGGAACUGAUAAAAACAGUGGAGAUUUUAUCAUGUCAUUCAACCCGAUCCAAAGGAUGGAAAGUGGUGUGAUGAACAACGAAACACUUUUCAUAUUAAUACUUUCAUUCACGACGGUCUUGUUGGGGUUCAUAGUCAUCGUCAUGUUAAUAUAUAUCAAUUAUAUCCAACGGAAGAUGCCGAGUAGUGUACCAGGAACGCCACAAAAGGCUGUUCCGAAGGAUAUGAAUUAUAUUGGGGAACAGUUUUCGUGUAGUAAAAAGGUGUUAGGGCAUGGGAGUUUGGGGACUGUUGUGUUUGAAGGGACUGCAUUGAAACGAAAGGUGGCGGUGAAGCGAAUGGUGAAGGAAUUUUUUGGGCUUGCGGAGAACGAGAUCAAAAUUAUUAAUAUGACGGACGAACGACCCCAUUUGGUGAGAUACUACGGAAGCUUCUCCGAUGACAAUUUUGUGUAUUUAGCGAUUACAUAUUGCCCUUAUACCUUAGAUGAUUACCUUGAAAGGUUAGAAAAAGAGGAAGUGGAUAUGGAGAAGAAGCGAGGGAAGAUGAUAUUAAAUGAGGAACGGAUACGACUAAUGAAAGAAUGUGCUAUUGGGAUCUAUCACUUACACAAACUCGGUAUAGUCCAUAGAGAUAUUAAACCAUUUAAUGUGUUAGUCGACGCGGAGAACGGCAUACGUAUCACCGACUUUGGACUGGCAAAGAAAUUGGACCCCCAGUCGUCGUCAUUCAGCAACUCGACAACGAAAGGAAGUGUCGGGUGGCAAGCGCCAGAAAUGCUCAACGAGACGAAACGGCUGUCGAAGGCCGUUGACAUCUUCACUUUGGGGUGUUUGUUCUAUUACAUUGGCUGUCGGAAACAUCCGUAUGGAGAGCCGUUAGUUCGACAGAACAACAUUUUAAAGGGAACGCCAGUGAAGAUGGAGAUUGAGAACAACAACGUCUAUAUGAGCGAGUUCAUUCAAUGUUUCCAUGCGAUGAAUUCAUAUGAGCCAAGUCAGCGAUUAACUAUUGAAAAGGUGCUUUCACAGCCCCUCUUUUGGAGCUUCAAGAAGCGUCUUGACUUCUUACAGAAAGCGUCUGAUUUAAUGAUCAUCGAUAAGAACGUUAUGGUGUCAAGAAGAUUGGACAACGCAGGAAUAGUGAUUCAUUGGGACAGAGACUUGUCUCCUCUGAUCAUCGAGAACAACACCAAAUUCAGAUACUACGACUUCAAUCGGACUAUCGACCUCUUAAGACUCAUACGAAAUCAAUCACACCAUUACUACACACUUCAACAAGACGAGAAAGACCUGUACAAAUCAUAUCCAGACGGGUUCUAUCAAUAUUACCAGUCGAAGUUUCCAUCGUUGUGUGUUGUGGUGUAUUCGACAGUACUCGAGUUCUACGCGGACAACCCCGUCUUCGCCGAUUUCUUCGAGCCCAACAUGUGA